AUGACUGUUUUUCAGGCAAAACGCUUCAGGCCGUCGGGAUCCGCGGCCUCAAGUCUCGGCGAGUGCAUCGGCCAGAUGUAUCGGGCACGUUUGUCAAAACACCCAUUUCUGCUCUUCGGCCUCCCCUUCAUGAGUGUCAUGGUUGCCGCCUCAUUUGUUUUAACUCCCGCGACUGCUUUACGGUACGAAAGGCAUGACCGAAAAGUCCAACAAGUUGGCGAACAAGAAGCAAUGUCCCUCGGAAUCAAGGGUCCAGAUGGUGAUUCGGAAAAUCAGAUCAAAAUGAAUCCUCGGAGAAGAGUUUUGGGUAAUGAAAAAGAGGAGUAUUACAGAUUAAUGGCCAAAGACCUCGAUAAUUGGGAACAAAAGCGAGUGCAACGAUGGAAGGGAGAGCCCGAUGGCAGGCUCAGUUGA